UCGUCGAUUCAUUUCUCCCUUCCCAUUUUCUCUUCACUCGUCAGUCUUUUUCCUUUACUUUAUUAUUAUUCGUUAAAGAGAACGUUGAGCGAUAUUAAAAUAAUUCUAUAUAUUCCCUGGACACGUUUCCCCUUGACUAUAAUUAUACACUCUGAAACGGGGAAGAAAGAAAAAAAGAAAACCUCAAAUAUAAUCCUCCUCCUCCCAAGUCCCAUCUCGAGGCAAGCCAUCCUUCUUCUCGAUCUGCUCUGAGAGAGUUUCUCUGUUUCUAUUUUCAUAGGGUGUGGGGGUGUUCUCUCUUCUUCGAAUCUACUCUCGUCCGACAUCCAUGACCGCUUUUACAUGGAGAAUCCCGAAGGCGCGAAAUAAUUGAAGCAGAAAGGGAAGAUAUGAUGAUAAGGAUGGUCAAUUAAGUUCGCAAUCGCCGUUGCUUCUCCAGCGUCCUAAUCAGUGCUCUCCCCUUUCUUCGCCUGGGGUGGGCUUUUCGUCGAACGGUUGGCGUACAUACAUACGUUCAUGGAGUUUCAGUACCGAGAGGAGUAUGUAAAGAAUUCGAGGGGAGUAGAGCUUUUCACAUGUAGAUGGUUGCCCAAUCCUUCGUCAUCCUCGUCGUCGUCGCCAAAAGCUCUGGUUUUCCUCUGUCAUGGUUAUGGCAUGGAGUGCAGCGGUUUCAUGAGAGAAAUUGGGAUCAGGUUGGCUCAAUCGGGUUACGGUGUGUUCGGGAUGGACUACGAAGGGCACGGGCGAUCCGGUGGGUCGAGGUGCUACAUCAAGAAGUUCGAGAACAUCGUCAACGACUGCGACGACUUCUUCAGGUCGGUCGCGGCGGAGAAGGACUUGAGGGAGAAAGGAAGGUUCCUCUACGGCGAGUCCAUGGGCGGGGCCGUCUCCCUGUUGUUGCACAAGAAGCGCCCGUCCUUCUACAACGGCGCCGUUCUUGUCGCCCCAAUGUGUAAGAUCUCGGAGAAGCUGAAGCCGCAUCCGGUGGUAGUGAACAUACUGACCGGCUUCGAAGAGCUGAUCCCAAAGUGGAAGAUCGUCCCCACCAAGGACGUCAUCGACGCCGCCUUCAAGGACCCCGUGAAGCGCGAGGAGAUACGGAACAACAAGUUGAUAUACCAGGACAAGCCCCGGCUGAAGACGGCGCUGGAGAUGCUGAGGACGAGCAUGAGGCUGGAGGAGUCCCUCCACCACGUCACCUUGCCCUUCCUCGUCCUCCACGGCGACGCCGACACCGUCACCGACCCGGAGAUCAGCAAGGCACUCUACCAGCAGGCCGGCAGCAACGACAAGACCAUCAAGCUCUACCCGGGGAUGUGGCACGGGUUGACCGCCGGGGAGACCGACGACAACGUCCGGAUCGUGUUCGCCGACAUCGUCUCCUGGCUGGACGGACACAGCGGGGAAGGCAGCGGGAUCGUGGUGGAGCCCAUUGAAGAAGCUGAUCACAAGCUGAUGAUCAAGUGCAGUAGUUGGACGUUGAGUGGGAAGAGCAAUAAUAGUAAGAAGAAGAAGAAGGGGCAGUCGAACAAUAAUGGGAUUACGUCGUCGUCGGGGCAUGGAGCUGGGAGAUACCUUUGCGGGUUUAAGGAGCCACGAGCCCUUCAUUCUGCCAUGUAGCAGGCCGGCCGGCGGGAUUGUUGUGAUCAUGUUCAUGAAUGUGGUUCAAGAACUGGAAAUUUGCAGAAUAAUUAAUUUCUUGGCUUUAUUGCUUUGAAUUGAUCCAAGGUGGGUUAGUUUAAAAAAAUAUGGAUAGUUUGUUUUUUUUUUUGGCCGAACAAUCUCUCAUAAUUUUUAUUGAAUGGGAAACUAUUCUACAAGUAGCAGAU